AUACUUCGGAGAUUUAUUUGGUAAACGCUGAAGCAAGAAUUUUGUAAACAAACAAGAAAACGAACCUAUUCUCAGUGUGGUUGAAUCUUGAGCAUCCAUGGUUGUUCAGUGCAAUCCACUUUCGUAUUUCACCUACAAACCCUGUACAACCAAGUCCAUGGCCUCAUUUUCAAUUACCCAUUUCAGCUCAACUCAGAAAUGCCCACUUUUCAUCAAGUCCAAUGCAAUGAAGCUCUCAAAACUCAGGUUGGGUAGGGUUGUUUCUGCUGUGGUUUCUGAAGAAAAUGCGGUGGAGUCCGGUUAUUCUGGCAUUGAUGUGUUCAAACUCACUUACUUGGAGGGCAAUAGUUGGUUGUGGGAAGUGGGUGGAUUGAAAAUUCUGGUUGAUCCAAUUUUGGUGGGUAACUUGGAUUUUGGAAUCCCCUGGCUAUAUGAUGCUGCAAAGAAGACAUUGAAGAAUUUCCAGUUAAGUGAUCUACCUGAAAUUAACUGCUUGCUUAUUACGCAAAGCCUUGAUGAUCACUGUCAUUUAAAGACCUUAAAGCCACUUUCCCAGAAGUUACCAAAUCUUAGAGUUAUAGCAACUCCCAAUGCUAAGGCACUGUUGGAUCCUCUUUUCAGCAAAGUUGAAUAUUUAGAACCUGGUCAAAGCUCAGUAGUUGAAGCGAGCAAUGGUUUUCAAGUUAAAGUUUGUGCUACUGCAGGGCCAAUUCUGGGUCCUCCUUGGCAGAGGCCUGAGAAUGGGUAUCUUGUUACUUCUCCACAAGGCCAGCUGACUCUUUACUACGAACCGCACUGUGUCUACAACAAGCGCUUUCUGGAGAAGGAACAGGCUGACAUUGUCAUCACACCUGUUAUAAAGCAGCUUUUGCCCAAAUUUACAUUGGUUUCAGGACAAGAAGAUGCAGUGCAACUAGCAAAGCUCCUUUCUGCCAAGUUUAUUGUGCCCAUGAAAAAUGGUGACCUUGAUAGCAAAGGGCUUCUUGCGAGUUUAAUUCAGUCUGGGGGAACAGUAGAGUCAUUCAAGGAGCUCGUGUCAAAGGAACUACCGAAUGCAGCAGUACUAGAGCCAACCCCUGGUAUACCACUAGAAAUUUCACCCCCUGGAAAUUAUCCAUAGAACAUAGUUUAUCUGGAUUUCAAACAACUUUUACUCUUAAAAUUCUGUACAAAUUGAAAUAUAUUCCUUGUAUUUCAAUAUUAGCUAACAGUAGCAGCAUAGCUAAGCGUUUCUGAGAGUGUAACUACAACUACAACGGUGUCUCUUUUCCAUUUCAAAGAAUCCAUUGCUUGUUGCAGGAACAUAUCCAAGGAAGGGGUUAUUGUAAAUUUGUUUACUAGAAUGCUGCAGAGUUGUCUCUAGACAGUUGCAGAAUUGCUUAGUUAAC